UCCAUAUUUGACUGGUGACUGCAUGGUCGCGAGACAUUUCUUGGCUCGGGUUCAGCUAGUAAGGUUCUACAAUAGUUUGUAAUAUUAUUUGCGUAGGCUUAUAAGGCCUAGUAUUUUUAAUACCAGGAUGAAUUGCUCUAUUAUAAGUGACUCGAUAAGGUGUACAUCGUCUAUAGAAACUGGAAUGCCGAGUAUGAUACUACCAAACGUGGUGAAGAAGGAGGAGGAGCCGGAAGACAUAAAUGGACGGCCGGAACAGAACGAAAAUAGCAACACCACUUCCAAAUCAUCCCGUAACGAUUAUCUUUCAUUGUCGAGGGAAGAACGUCGUCGACGACGUAGGUCGACGGCAAAGUACCGCAGUGCACACGCGACACGUGAGCGGAUACGAGUUGAGGCGUUCAAUAUAGCAUUCGGCGAACUGCGUACAUUGUUGCCCACGUUACCACCUGACAAGAAACUGUCAAAAAUUGAGAUUCUACGAUUAGCAAUAUGUUAUAUAUCUUAUUUAAAUCAUGUGUUGGAUAUGUGAAAGACAUGAGAACGUCUAAAGGUUGAAACAGCAAGAUGUCGUAUUGACUUUGACUACAUGCACACAAACUGAACGAAGAAAACAGAAACAUCAUCUGUAUGAAUGCCACAUAACGUAGCGGAUAUUAAAAUGUCGAGCGUUAAAUUCCAGGUUGCUCUGUCUGUCUGUUUUGCCAUCUUCUGUGUGAAGGUGUGGCAAUCAACUGUCAGGCCUACAUACAUCCAGAUAUGAACUUCUUUGGCACGCUGCUCUGUGUGUAUGGUGUGUCCAGUCUCUUCCCGGAUUAAUCUAGGCCUUCAGUUUAUUACAGCAACCAACAAUUCAUUUCGACAAACUUUCAGUCUUUAAUGCAUUGCUUUGUAGUUCUUCCAACGAUCGUGGUCAGAGUGCUGUUAAAACUUGAAAGAAGUGGAUACAGUAUUUGCAUCUGAAAUUCUCUUUACGACAGGUGGUUACUGUAUUUUGACAGACUGUCUUUAUCUACAUUAAUGUUUGAAGGCCUAUAAUGUAUAAUGUUAUUUUUUAUUAAUUAAUUAAUUUAUUUAUUUAUUUCAGCUUAGAGUUAUAGAAAAAUAUGUAGACAUAGGCCUAUAAUUUGAUGGGUAGUGUGCAAUUCUUGAAAUGGCGGAGGGGGGUUGGUUGUUUUGGGGAUUUCAUUCAGCUGGUACUGAUGGAUGUGGGAUAAUUAAAUAUAGAUAUCUACACAGUAAAACAGUAAGCCAAAUAAUGAUGAAUUAGAGACCAAUUUUCUUAAGGUUAUGCAGCAGCGGUGGCGUGUGCCAGCGGGGGAAGUGAGGACAGGCCUGGACCCCUGUCGUCCGACACCGCGACGAGGUGUCAGAUCAAAAAUAAUAAUUUGCCUAUCCAAGUAACUUUAUUUUGAUUGCCAUUCAUUAUUAUUGUGGUCUAAAAGCACAAUUUGGGAUACUAAGAAGCAAAAACUCUCCCCGUCAACUCUACCAGGGAAUUUUUUUUAUUCUGGGACGAUCUGGACUGAGGCUCUGAGUCGGUUUUUCGGUUUGGAAACCCUCGUUGGACAUGUCGGACCCCGUCCGUAAUUUUCUGGAGCCAGCGCUGGUUUGCAAUCGAUUUCCGGGAUGGAAAUUAAAUGGCCAGAUUAAGAUUUACAAGGAAGUACUAAAAUAGACGGUAGUACCUUACCUUUUAUCAGAUAAGGCUCUUAGAUUUUUUUUUUAAAAUUUAUUGUCCCACAACAGCGCCCCCUUGUGUUCGAUGCUGAUGGACAGUAAUUGAACAUGCAAUAUUCACUAGAAAUAUAUUAUUAUUUUGCGGUGAGCACUCUAUAGUAAUAACGUAUAUAUUAUUAUAUAGAAGUGUAUCAUGUAUUAAGUUGGUUUUUUAUUGCAUAAAUGCCGUAACGGUUCAUGUAUUAACGCAACGUGAUAGGAUAAGUUUGGUAAUCCCAAUUCUGGACCUCAUUUCGCAAACAACUUAAAGAGGAUUUGAGGAUGUGUUCGGUUAGUAGUCUCAGAAUAGUAUGCGCAAUAUAUGGAUAUGUAAAUGUUUGCGAUGUGAGUAACAUGCGUACAAAAGGCAUGUAUCAUGGUGUUGGUGUGUACGCGUACGAGUUCAUGACGUCAUCCUCAAUUAUGCAUUUUCAUGCGAUGAGUCUAAUUAUGUGCUCUAUUUUAUCUCUAUCCGUAAUCAUUUAAUUUAUUACACUAGGAACGCCCCAAAGUUGUAAUAAACAGGCUGAGGUGUGUUCGGUGUUUACCCCUCUUCAACCACAGGCCCUAUGAAUUUUUUGCUUAUGAUCCCUAUUCCUAGAUUUUAUGUACGCUUUAUUCACUUAUUUCACCAAAUAAUAUAGUACAGUAGUAGUAGUAUAGAGUUCGUCGUCUACCUCCAAUGCAUUUCCUAUAUUAAUAAUAUAAUAUACACUAUUUAUUAUAAUAUGGUACAUAAAAGUCAACUCGUUUGUGAGGAUAUGAAAUAAAUAUGCGUUCGUAAUAA